AUGUCAACCAAUUACCAGCUGUUCAUCCCUCUCUCUGAGCAUCCUGUCGCGGUCGACGAUCCCCGUUACUCUAGGGAACCAGGCUCGGGAUUUUUGAUAACGCUCUCUCUCUAUGGCGCCGUACCUCUUGGCUCAACCUCAACAGAUCCUGCCAACAUAGUUCCAGGGAAGCGCUUUUUUUCCCUGGGAAAGACAUACAACCAGUGCUACAUCGAAACCAACACGGUGCUUUCGCGACUCCACGACGACAAAGUUCGGAGGCAAGACUACAAUACCCUCCUUGCCAAUGCUUCCGCCCGACUUUUCGACAUCUGGGACAACACAGGAGAUCUGACCGCUAUCCAUCCCCAUAUGAUUGUAGAUCCACUGUCGUAUCCUAAUUUUGAACUUUGGGAUGAAGAACAGCUUCGACGAUGGAACCAGAUCUGCCUUGUCAUCGACAAAGCCCGACCUUCGCUUGCCUUCAACGUCUACAGUCGCUUCAUCGAGCCGGCAGCGGACCAGAUCAGCCUGUUCUUCACCCCAUCAUCACAGGCCCCAUCGGCGUUCACGGUCGAUGUUUUGAAGAAAGCCGCGUUCUCUGAGUUGAGCCUUCCCAAGUACAAGUACGAGGUGAUCGAUCUGCAGACUGCCCAGCAAACAGGGCUGGUCUGUACAGGAGUGCACUAUCUACACUUCUAUUUCACGUUCAUGACGUCCGCCGACUACACCAAACUCUGGGUCACGCUACAGAAUCGGCCGGAACUCAUGCGCCCAUGGCCAAGUGACUCAGUGGCUCGUACAAUCCAGCAGAAGAUCGGUGAUCCUCCUCGCGGGGGUGAGGUGACUGUGGCGAGGAUGUCUCAUUUCAAGGCCACUGCGGCAAUGGGACAGAGAAAUUCGUACCCGGAUCAACAGACCGUCAUGAGGGCGAGCGCAACAGAUCUUGCGAAGGAGAUGUGGGGACCAGCCAAUGUUUCAAACGGCUCUCCAGCCGAUGCGGAGUGGCUUCACCGGAAUGCGUUCCAUUUCGGUGGUAUGGACGACAGCGUCAAUCUAGCGAGCUCUCAGACUCGGGAGAACCUUGUCUUUGGUACCGGUGAAAGCAAUACCCACAUGAUUCGAGCAGAAAACACCAUCUCCUCUCUCCUUAGGGCGGAUGCCUCGGUUGCACAAGACAAUACGCGCACAGGUACCCUUGUCACUACCAAUUUAUUCAGGGGCUCCAUGUCCCGCCGAGACCUGAACAGCCCAGGAUUCAGACGCUCAGAGCAGAUACCUAUCUGGGCAGAUACGGAGAAGUACAUGUGGCUGAGCUUUGGACUGAAAUACCAGUGGACGAUGCCGGGAAACGCGUUGGGACCCAACUUUAACGCGUCCGAAGUGUUCGAUCCCUUCUCCCGUUACAUCCCCCUCCGCGUCGAGGCACGUCUUGACGACGCUCUCACGGACUACCUUCACGAAAGCACUGUGUCAGCGACUGCGUCUUCGGUCCAGUCUGCAUCUCUGAAGUCUGCCCGUGUUCAGCGGGCUGUCUCAGCGUUGAAUAGUCAGGCCAUUCCGCUGUCUACGUCCUAUCAAGAGCCGACGAUUCUCUGGAAUGCCGCCAAGCGCCAUCUCCCCUACAUUGACGUCGGCAAUCUUCAAAUCAACAACCCAGCAAUCGCGGAGCCACCUUCGGACGAGGAGGAACCGACAGCGGAUGAAGUCGUUCACGCCUUUGGUGCCCGCCCUCUGCUUUCCCAUGUGACCGAAGGCGAGCGAGUCAAAGCUGUCCGUGUCGUCGAGCUCAAUCUCGCUGCCAAACGACGAUUGGGCCAGGUGCUCGGUCCAAGUUCUGCUGCUCGGCCUCGAACUCCGAGAUCGCUCCUCGAACCCAUCCUUUUCGAUUCAGGACCCGCAUCGCAGCCCCCGGAUAGAGGCUUCGUUGUUGUCGGUGACAUUGCCCUAUUCGGUGUCGAGAGCCUGAGCGCCAAGUUCGAGAAGUGGGAAGGACCUGCUCCGUCUGAUAUCGUCGUUCUUCCCGACAAUCCCGUCUCCGUCGAGCGUGCAACGCUUACCGAGGACUUCCACCUCUCGUCUGUGAUAUCUGCGCUCGAAGGCACCGCUUUCGACAGCAUCACGUUCCGUAACAUCAGCGUCUACCACCAGAACUACAAGUUCGAUACGACAAAGGCUAUCGGCUGGCACUUCGACGCUGACCUGGUCAUCGACGAAUCCUGCGGCGCAUUGCACGAUGUUCUGUCACAGGUUCUGGGCGUCGAUGAGCCUGACCUAGCUGUCCACGUCUUCCUCGGUGCAGGCGGUGGAUGGGACCGACCGCCGUCGCUUCACAGCUUCACACUCGAAGGUAUCUUCGCGGGGUUGGCCCUCAAGCCGUUGGACGGAGUCGUCCUAUCGAAGAUCGGCGUCAGACUCUUUGGCAUACGGACGCUGAAGUACGACCCAUUGCCGCAGUCCACCUUGGAAUACGGGUUCUCUGUGUUCGGAACCAUGAACCUAGACGUACCAGGCUCUACCAUUCCUCUGAGCUUGGAGUACGAGAUGCAGGAGUUCGGUGGCGUGAUCUUCCUGGGAGCCAGUAUCGACACGUGGAAAAAUCCUCUCGGGGCUAGCGGGCUUGUGCUAUCGGGCAUCUCCUUCUCUACGUCUUUCGCUGUCUCGUCUCCAUGGAAGUCCCUCACCUUCGGCGUGUCAGCGGACUUCAUGUAUGAGGAUGUCUCUACGACUUUCCAAGGGUCCUAUACUCCUCGCGGCUCGUUCGAGCUGAACGCAUCGAUCCACCAUGUUACAGUGAAAACCAUCGAUACCCUUUUCAGACGGAUCUCUCACGACAAUCUCUCCCUUCCGGAUCUCGACGUGACGAUCGGGUAUGCGAGGCUAUCUAUCACCUCUGGCAACGGAUUGGGCAUCAGUCUCGAUAGCGUGACCAUCGGGGACUACACAUCGCUCGACGCUGGUCUCAUCAUCACUCCUCACAACGUCGUGAUUCGUGGCGACCUCACUACCGACGCUGUUCAGUUCGGAGACGUAGAGCUGAAGCGUGCCUUCCUUCAGGUCACCUUCGAGGCCAAGGGGAAUGGGAAGACGACAGAUCUCAUCCUUGGAGGCGAAGUCGCAUUCUCCACUCUGGUCUUCGACGCAGCUGUUCAUCUGUACAGGUCCCCUGACAACUCAAAGGAGUCUCUCGAAUGGACCGUGCUCGCUGCCUUGACGUCGAAGGACGAGGCUCUGCAGCUUUCCAAGGUCGUACCCGAGAUCGAGGGAACGCCGUUUGACCUCGCUCUUACGCAAGCCGUUUUCGUUGCCGCUUCGAAGGAUGACCCGAGCUUGGGCAAUAUGAUCACGAGCGGAUUCUCUUUCCACCAAGGUGUCCAGGUCUGCGCGGUGUUGGGCGAAAUUGACGCUCUUAACUCGCUCAUGCGUGGGCCCGUACCGGGCCUCACCCUCAGCGCUGGCUGGUCCAAAGCCAAGGGCUUCGAAUUGGACGUAUAUCUGCCAGCUCCCACUCGCCUGAAUCUCGGCAACGGGGUCACAAGUACACCAUUUGCGCUUUCGAUCGCAACCAAACCUACCGUACGACUGAUCCUCUCAGCUGGUCUCAAUAUCCCCGUCCCAUAUUCACCAGCACCCUUACUGUUCACCCUUUCGCUUGGAACUAACCUGUUGGGCGCCGAUGCAACGGGCCAGAUGUCCGGAUGGUGGGUGAACCCGUUCGGAAUCAGCCCAAAUGUCAAGGUUGGACCGAACUUGGGGCUUUCUAUCUCGAUCAUCUUCGCGCAAUUCGCGAGUACCGGGACGCCGAGUGGGUUCAUGGUGCAGGGUGGUCUGAUGAUCGGAGAGACUGCAGCACAGCUGGCGCUUUCGGUGAAUGAGGACCCUAUGAAGGAGCUACUCUAUGCUGAAGUCCAAUCAUUGAACAUCACAGAUGUUGUGAAGCUUGCGAGCGACAUUAUCGACGUCCAGAUACCUGAUCCUCCUCGAGACUUCCUUGAUUUCCAGGAGGUCAAGUUGUAUAUCUGUCCAGCAGGACUCUCCAUCGGCACCACAUUCUACCCUCAAGGCGUCUCGUUCCGUGCAGAUGUCAUUCUAUUCGCGAAGCGAGCUGAUAUCGAAUGUGCUGUUGACGCGGUGAAUCUAAGAAUCUCUCUCACUGGCGGCGUUGACAACUUCACGCUUGGGCCCCUCGUUGUCCGUGGUCCAACAGGCCCUCGUGCUGUCAUCGAGUGCGAAAUCGGACCUACAGACCAGCAUCUGCUUGUUGACGGCGUGAUCUCUCUGUUCGGAGCCGAAUCUACUGUUCAUAUCGUAGUCGACAUUCUACCCGUACCCAAAUUCGAAUGGAUCACUCAACUCAAAUUCACCGACCUUCUCCUCUUUCGACUCCAAGCUACUCUUGUUGGAGCCGUUUCCUUCACCGAUCUCUCAGAUGCCGACUUCCUGUUUGAUGCCCUCUUCGAGCAGUACAUCCUCCAGUAUAUCCACGACCACAUCAUGGGCCAAUUCGAACAGGCUCUGCAAACCGUUAGGGAUGGCAUUGACGCUGCGCGGGCAAAAGUCGACGAAGCGGAAGCCGCAUGGAAGGCAGGAGUCGACAAGGCCCUCGCCGAUCUUGAAGAUGCGAAGAAGAGCUGGGACGCGAAGAACAAGAGCGUCACGGCCGAAUGCAACAAGGUCAUCAAUGCGUACAACAAGGAGAUCGAACGUCUUCAGAACGCCAUCGGUUACGCACAGAAAGACUACGAUGCCGCGAUGACCGACGCGCAGAACGCCGUCAGCGCCGCGCAACGGGACCGUGCGCGAGCGCUGCAGAGCGCGCAGCAUGCUCUCGACAACGCUAAGCGAGAGGUGAGCGACGCUAUCGACGCGGCGCAAAGGGACCUCGACUAUGCGAAGAAGGACUUCGAUGCCGCGUUCGGUUCCGCCCACGACGCGAUCGAAAGAGCACGGCGGGAGGUGCAGAGCUUGCAGAACCAGAUCAACGACUUGUAUAGCACUAUCCACGACUACGAGCGUGCGCCGUGGUACGAGUUUUGGAAGAAAGCUGCAAUCGGCGGCCUCUACGUUGCUGUGGGCGCGCUCGAGGCCUCCAAAACCAUUGCCGACGGUUUUCUUCUGGCCGCAGAAGGGGGGCUGACAUCCGCGAACUUCCUCGCCAAGAAGACUGCCUUCGAGGGUGCCCAGGUCGCCCUAGACGCUGCUAAGGAGUCCGGCAAAGGUAUACUUGAUGGGGCGAAGAAAGCUGUGGACGUCGCGGACACAACGUCGCAGGGCGUUCUCGAUGCCGCAAAUCAUACGCUCGAGAUCACGAAGGAGGGGGUAAAGUGGGGCAUUCUUCAAGGCGCGAAGGAGGCUUUGCAGGCCUACAAAGACGCCAACGAUGCCGCCUUCCGCGCAGCGACCCAAGCGUUGAUCGACCUGGUCAAGUGUGCCGAAUACCUGGCCUACCAGGCCGCGAAGACCGCGCUCGAGGGGGCGCGCGCUGCGACGGUGGCACUGGACGGCGCUCGCGCAGCCCUAGACCUAGCUCAGCGAGUGGGGGAAGAGGCCCUUAAGAUCGGGCAGUGGGUCGCAGAUCAUGCCCUCAACGCUUUCGACAUCCGCGUCGUCCAUCUCUCCGGAAGCUUGCGUGGUAUGGUGGGAGCGGGCGGUUCGAUGGCGAAGCCUUUCACGGUUCGCAUCGAGGGCGUCGUCGUGGGUGCGCCUUUCAUCCUCGACACAGAUUUCGACCCUCGCAAGACCGCGGACUUCAUUACGUUCAUCUUCCAAAACCUCUGGGAUAAGAUCAAGGCCGAGGUUGUGUGAAUGGCGAGUCGCAUUGCUGAGACAACUACGUUUUCGUCUUCCGCCUGUAUAUGUGCGCACCUCGCUCUGAAUGUAGUCCUAUGGAAAGCGGUUCCGAGGACACGC